AUGGCUACUACUGAAGAUUUAAAGAUUAAUGCUGAAUGUAUUCGUAUGACUGAUGGUGGUUCUAAUAAUUAUUAUUAUGCUAAUGUUUCAUUAAUUGUUGAUGGGCUGGCUGGAAAGCAUCAUUCUAAAAAAAAAUUUAAUAAUAAUACCGUGGGACAUGCAUCCGAGAACCCUAAAUCACCCGAAUCAUUAGCGCAGAGUAAACAUAAGAUAGUUUUCAUUGGUCCUCCCGGUCAUGUUAUUGUUUCCGAACGUUUACGACGUGCGUCAAGGACGUUGAUGAUGGGAAAAAUAAAAGCAAAUAUCAUUGGAUUUCCUAUUAUGAUCAAAGCUUCAGAGGGUGGAGGAGGAAAAGGAAUUAGAAAAGUGGAAAAUCCAGAUAAUUUUAAGCAAGCAUUUGCUCAAGAGUUCCUGGUUCACCGAAUGCGACUUGCUCGAGAUGCUCGUCAUCACGAAGUUCAAGCUUUAGCGGAUCAAUACGGAAAUGCGAUCUCCUUAUUUGGAAGAGAUUGUUCGGUUCAAAGACGUCAUCAAAAGAUCAUUGAAGAGACUCCAUUUACGAUUAAAAAACAAGAGACUUUUGACUUGAUGGAAAGAGCUACUGUCAGAUUAACUAAAUUAGUUGGUUGUGUUAGUGCGGGAAUCGUUGAAUAUCUUUACAGUCACGAGAUAUAUUUUUUUUGUUUUCUUGAAUUUAAUCCAAGAUUAAAGGUUGAACAUCCUACGACAGAAAUGGUUUCAGGUGGGAAUUUACCUGCUCAACUACAAAUCGCUACAGGAAUUCCAUUUCAUCAAAUUCGUGAUAUUAGAGUUGAGAAUGUGGAUGUCAAUUUCGUUAAUAGUGAUAUGGUGGAUGAACUUAAUUUUCGCAGCAGCACGAAUGUUUGGGGCCGAUUCUCGGUUAAUUAUGGCGGUGGCCUUCAUGAGUUUGCUGAUUUCAAUUUGGUCAUAUUUUUCGCUUAUGAGGAGAAUCGUGCUCUUACCGAUGAAAAUGGUCCAACACAACUUCGUUCACUCUCUCCUGGAAAGCUUGUGAGAUUUUUGGUGGAGUCUGGCGGUCAUGUGAUCAAAAUGUACAUGCCGCUUAUCGCAACAGAUGGUGUUAUUCAAUUUAUAAAACAACAAAAUUCUACGCUCGAAUCCGGUGACAUUAUUGGAAUUCUCACUCUUGAUGACCUAGUCGAGUUCGCCACGCAAGCCAAGCAUAUCCUUGAAUGUAUAUUGGAUGGUUAUGAUAAUCAAGCAAUGUUACAGAGUAGCAUCAAAAAAUUAAUUGAAAUUUUAGAAAAUUCCGAUCUUGAAUCUCAUGCAGUAUUUUCAGCACUCUCCGGAAGAAUCCCGGCCAAACUUGAAGCAGCUUAUUGA